GGUGCGCACGGCGAGGAGGAGGGGUCGCGGCUGCGCCCCUGUCUGGAGCCCGAAGUCGGUGGCGCACACUUGGUGCGGAAACAGCGGCGAGGUGCAGAACCCGGGAGGACUAGUCGGUGAAACAAGGCAGCACGAAUUCAGCGCAUGCAGGACCCUGACUUCUGCGGCAAGACAGGGUCAUAACCUCUGAGCCCUCCUUGCCUUGACCCUUGACACCAUUGAGUGACCACAUGUUGACGAAGGGAUUACUACAUGGACACAACAAGGACAAUAACCGUGUUUGAAAUAAACACAAGGUGUCUCAACAUGCACCCUGAUAUCCAUCUCUCCCUCCUCUUAACGCUGCUGCUGCUUCUUCAAGUCCAGCAGGGCACCACAGUGCAGGAGAUCCAAACCAGCCAUGAGAACAUCCUAAAGAUCAACUCGGCAGGAGAAAUGAUGCAGUGCUCGGCCGCUAUGGACGUCCUCUUUCUCAUGGAUGGUUCCUACAGCGUGGGGAAGGGUAGUUUUGAGCGGUCCAAACACUACGCAAUCAAACUCUGUCAAGCACUGGACAUCGGACCAGACCAGGUGCGAGUUGGUUUCAUCCAGUUUGCCUCCAGUCCUCGGCUGGAGUUUCCUCUGGACUCGUACACCACCAAGCAGGAGCUGAAGAAGCACAUGAAGAAGGUCUCUUACAGAGGAGGCAGCACUCAGACAGCCCUCGCUCUCAAGUACGUCCUGAGGAAGGGCUUCCCGGGCGGCCGCAACUCCUCCACUGUGGCCCGCGUCGCCAUCCUCUUAUCGGACGGGAGGUCCCAGGGCAACACGGCGCAGGCGGCCGCGCAGCUCAAAGAAACGGGCGUGGUCUUGUUCGCCGUCGGCCUGCGCUUUCCCAGGUGGGAGGAGCUACACGCUCUGGCCAGUGAGCCAAUGGAGAGCCACGUCUUCUUCGCCGAGCACUUCUACGAUGCCGUCAACGGCCUGUACACCACACUGGCCACCUUCGCUGUCUGCAACGCCACGCCAGCAGGCUGUCAGGUGGAGUCGUUUCCCUGCGAGAGGAAAACACUGGAGACGGUGAAAGAGCUGCAGGGGAAUUUCAUGUGUUGGAAAGGCUCCAAGGGUUAUUCCCCGUACACAUCUCUUUGUCCCUACUACAGGUACAGCAAAGCCUACAGGAGGCACCAGACCGUCUGCCAUCGGACAGUCUGUCCAGAUCCCUGUGACUCUCAGCCCUGUCUGAACGGUGGAACAUGUGUAUCAGAAGGUCCAGAUGACUACAACUGUGUGUGUCCGCCCGGAUACGGAGGAGACCCACACUGUGCUCCUGCGUUAUCACUCGACUGCUCUGUGGACCUGCUCUUCCUGCUGGAGGGCUCGGCCACGCUCACGCUGGAGGGCUUCCUCCGCCUCAAGUCCUUCUUGAAGCGCUUCCUGCAGACGGUGAUCGGGUCGGACAGCCCCAGUAAAGUCGGCCUGGCGGUGUUUGGCGGGGAGGUUCGAGUAGAGGCCAAGGUGGGUAAGUUCAAAAGGGACCUGAGGGGUCUGCUCAAGGCGGUGGAGGCACUUCAACCGAUCGGCGGCGAGACCAAGACGGGACAGGCUCUUCAGUACGUCACCCGCCACGGCUUCGUGAGCGCACCGGUCUUUGCCGAUGUGGCGGAUGACCUUCCGCGCGUGGUGGUGCUGCUCACCGCCACGCCUGCCGCUGACGAUGUGGUGCAGCCCUCCAAAUACGCGCGGGACCGAGAGAUCUUUCUCAUAGGGUUGGGACCCGAAAGCUUGAGGGCACAGCUGAACAAUAUCACGGGAAAUCCCCAGAGGACUCUCACCUACGCAUCGCCGGACAGGCUCAACGCCAAGAUCCCCGAGCUCAACGCCAAAAUCUGCAGCGUGGACACGCAAGGUUGUCUGGGCCAAGCAGUAGACCUGGUCUUUGCCCUGGACGCCUCAGGUGGCGUCGGCCGCGAUAACUUCUCCACCCUGCGCGACUUUGUGCGCAGCGUCACCGUCCAGUUCGACAUCAACCGCGACGUGGCCCAAGUGGCACUCGUGGCCUACGGACGGAAGGCCACCACCGUCUUCGACCUGGACACCCACGAGACGGGCUCUGACAUCCUCAAGGCGGUAGAUGACGCCAACUACGUGGGCGGAGUGGCCUCGACCGGCUCGGCGCUACUCCACAUCCACUCCAACGUCCUGACUGUCGCCAAGGGAGCGCGGCCGGGAGUCAACAAGGCCGUGGUGGUGGUGACCGACGGCUCGGCCGGGGGCGACGCUGUCGUGCCAGCGAAAAAGAUGAGAGACAACGGAGUUUCGGUGUUUGUGAUCGGUAUUGGAGACGUGCAGAGAGAGAAGCUGCUUCAGAUCGCCGGUGCCGAGGAGCACAUGAUCUCGGUGCCGUUUUACGAGGAUCUCAAGUACUUUGAGGACGUUCUGGUGCAGAUGUUGUGUUCAGAGGUGAAGAAGCCGGUAAACCUGUGCAGCCCGAACCCAUGUAUGAACGAUGGGGUCUGCAUCCUGUCCGGUGGGAGCUUCCGUUGUCAGUGCCAAGGCUUUGAGGGACCACACUGUGAAACAAGGAGCAGGAGGCCUUCGUCCAGGGGAGAUCUCCCGAGGCCCGCUGCUCUCAGGAAGAAGAGCAGGCAGAAGAAGAGCCACCAGGAGCUGCUGCACCACUACAAACUGCACCGCCGGAGACACACUGCCUGAUGAACCCCAAACACACACACACACACACACGCUAUUCACUGAAAUAAAUCACCUACGGACUCUUAAGAAGCGAGGAUGUUUGUGGCUACACACUGGAGUAAAGGGAAAACUAAUAAUGUUACCGUUUCAAUAUUUAAAAUUGCACUCAAACUUCAACAGGUGCCUUCAGAGUGUAUGUAUGUGUCUCUACUGUGGUGUCCAGUUUGCUUUUGUCGCAUUUGUCACCGUUGUGCAAUCGUCUCAACAUGAUUCUCUUUUGUAUUCAAAGAUGUAAACUUUUUAUAUUAUAUUAUAAUAUAGUAUAUCAUGUGUCAUGAUUUAAAAAAAAAUUGUUUAAUCACCACAACCUCCUCUCCUCCUUCCAAACGAGACAAAAAUGCUUUAUACAAUAUAAGUGCUAUAUUUUCAUGGUUCAGUAUAGAUUCGCGAUAAGGCCUUUCUGAAAAAGGUUGAGAUUUUGAAAGUGUUAAAAAGUGGUGCAUUUUUACUUAUAUUGGUGAAAAUAAGUUUUAACUUUCACUAUACUGUCAGAAACGUAUAAUGGGACAAUUUCCAUCAUAUCUCAUUUGUCAGCCCAGCUUUAUUAAAAAAAAAAAAGUCUCCAUAUUUAAACAGGAUUACUCUACUUAUUUUCUGCAGCUCAAACAAA